AGCAGGCUAGUCGGUCUCUCCUAGCUGUUGAGCUGGUGCUCUCUCUCCUGUAAGCACACUUAAUGUUUCAGACUCCUCUCUCUGCUGGACUUUAUCACUUGGCUGGAGCAACAGACUAGUGUUUGGAAGUUCACUGUCUACUUGAGCCUAAUCUUUUCAUUUUGCAGACAGUUUUGAAACUAGGUUGCAUGGCAGGAGAAGAACCAUGCAAUCGGAGGAUGUGGUUUUCCUGAGUUUGCAGAACUGCACUGAACAUACUUUGAGCGUGACUUAAUAGCAACGUUUGCUACACGCACUCAACAGAUUGAGGUGCUGAUGUCAUGAAAAUGAAAAGAGAUAUCUGUAAUUUUCAAUAUACGUCAGAAGCUCUGUAGCUGGUGUUUUUUGGUUUUUUUUUUAGCUUGGUAAAAACUACAGAGAACUGUCUUCCGUCACUUUUCUGCUGCUUCGGUGAUUCAGAAGUGAGAUUUCUUCAGAACUUCAAGCUCCACUUCCCUUAGAGAUGAAUGUGCCCUUUGCUGGCAGCUUGCUGAUUGAGAUUUGUGAGCCUUGAGUGUUCAGAGCCAGGACAACAGCAUCAUCUUACUAGAAGCUGCUGAGAUGGGCUGCGGACUGCCGAAACUGGAGAAGCCAGACGAGAACGGCCCUGGCAAAAUCUACUCCACCCUGAAGAGGCCACAGGUAGAAACCAAAGUCGGGACUGCCUACUCCUACUGCUUUCUAGACUUCACACUUGGGAAGGAUGCAGAGAUUAGCGGGUCCUCGGCAGUGAAGCUCUCGUCUCUCUAUGAGCUCCCCGUCCAGCUGCAGGAGUUGUACCAGCAGGGCUUCGUCCUCGCUGCGGUCCAUCCCUUUGUGCACCCGGCCGGCAGGAAGGACCAGACUCCACAGGAGGGCCUCUUCAGAGCCGUACUCAUCAAGCAGGCAGACAGCUCUGAAAAGAACAACCAGAACGGUGAGCCCCAAAGCCUGGAAAUGAACAUGUGCCUGUCUUCCGACCAGCUUCCUGGUGCAGAACUCAUUCAGGGCUUUGUUAAGAGAGUGCAGGCUGCUGGAGAACAGGGAGUGAAGUUUGUGGGGUUCAUUCAACAGUACGGUUUUCCAGUGAACUCGAAUGCACACUCCUCUGAGGCUGAAUCCUCAUCAUUGCAUUGCAGCCUGAGUACAGAGAAGGAGGAAAGUUCACAAAAUGUCAGCCCUGAGAGCAGACCAGGUUCAGUGGAAGCGAGCGUCUGCGAAUCAAAUCAGGUGGCAGGAACUGAAACCAAUUGUGAGCAGGUGGAGAGUCGCUCGGGUGACGUGGAAGUAAAUGUGGCGCAGCAGGUCACCGAGAAAUUAUCUCAGACUUUGUCAAAGGAAAAUGAAGGACAGAUUAAAACAAUGAACUCUGCUGAAUUGGCAGAAGUCAGCAAGGUGGAGGAUAAGGCUUCUGAGACCGACUCGCUGGCACCCACAACAAAUGGGCCAGCAGAACAUUCAGCAGAGGAUUCCAGUGAGCACAUUGGGGUGGACCAGCACUCUGAAAACAGCAGGGACAACGGGACACCUGGAAACACUGAACACACAGAGCACAAAGGAUCGAAAAAGGAAGUCCAGACAUUUGCACUGUUCAACACCCCCAGCAGCCAGCAGAGCUCGUGCAGGUAUUACACAGUGAAGGUUCCUCUGAAAGUCCACAGGAAAGGCCAGGGGGUCAGCAGUGUGGAAGCAGACUGGCUGGAUCACAUGACCCAGCACUUCACCAAUGGGGCGCUACUGGUUGACGGGUACUUCCACCUUGAAGCAGAAAAUGAGUUGACACCCCGGUCAGUGGAAGGCACGUUCAUCUUUGAGGAGGCUUCUGAGAUGGACUCGACAGCUGCACAGGCCUACGAUGCCAUUGUCGUGGAACAAUGGACAACUUUCCAAGGUGCUGAGGUUAAGACAGAUUAUAUACCCCUGUUGAAAUCUCUGGCUGUCUUUGGGUGGAGGCUGACCUGUGUGCUUCCUACUCCAAUUGUGAAGACAAACAGUGAAGGGAAUUUGGCGACAAAGCAGAUUGUAUUUCUCCAGAGACCUUUCCUACCCCGAAAGAAAAAGGAAUUGAAGAAAUUAAGCUUCAAGACACGAAGCAAGCUAAAUAAAAACGCAAUCAAAGAUGUAACAAACCGGAACCAAAAAACAAACACAUCAAACCUGAAAGAGAAAGAGCAGGAGGACCAGAACAUUCUAGAAGAUAUGCAGAAAGAGAAUGAGAAAGAGCCAGAACAGGAAGACAGAAAAAACAGCGUGGAGAAAACCAGUCCAAAUGAAACGGAGACACAAGCUACAGGAAAUGAAAAAGACAAGGAGAGCGCAACAGAGAAAGAGAGAGACAAUGAGACAACUGCACUGGAACAGAACACAGAAUCGCAAUACACUGAGUCCAGCGGUGGAAAUGAGGGGGGCAGCAGUGACGGCUGUGAUGCCUCUGAAGAAGCUGUCCAGGAGACAUGUGGAACUGACAUUUCACACGAGACCAGCUGUGACCCUCAGAUGUGAUUGUGAUUAGCAACGAAAGCAAUACCAGAACUGCAGCCCCCCACCCUUAGAAAACAGAGAAAAUGACAACCAGUAAUCACCUGUAAGGGGGAAGGGUUCAAUCAGCGCUCACAGGAACCCGUUCUCUUGACUCUCCAGAUAAACACACUCAGCAGGACGGUCUUGUUGUGAACUGCAGACCUUUUGAGGAUAUUAGAAAUGUUCAGCCAGAAACAAUGAGACAUUAUCGAAGCCUUGGCACAGAUACUUUUGGUUGCUUUUUUUAACUCAAGCAGCCUAGAGCAGUUAAUGAAAUGAAGCACAAAGGAUACGAAACCAAAGAUGGUUGUUAAAGGGGAACAUGCUCUAUUGCAAACUGUACAUUUCACCAAUAACCUACAAUACAUACACAAUAUUCAGGCUUUAUUUAAACCAUUUAAACCGAGAUCAGUAAACUCUUUCUAAUAUGGAAGGGGAACCAAAUGACUUUUAGUAUACCAGUACGACAAAAAUUGUUCAGUCAUACCCUUAAUUAAACACAAGCAACCGUAAGUUGCACAGUAAGUUUGCUUUCUUUAAAAUAUAGCUUAUUUUCAAAGUCUAAGGUAAUCGUAUAAUGUUGUGGUUGUUUCCUAUGAUGUGCAUCAGGGCAUAAACUACUGUUUGCAAAUGCAAGCACACUGCCACUGCAGUUUCUACAGUCUAGCUGAACUGUAGUACUUUCAGUUAAUUAAACAUUUGUGAAGAUUGGAAUGUUUUUGGCCUCUUAAUGUUAGGUAUGUGUCUUAAUGGUAAGCAGUGUUGUUUUGUAUUGUGCUGAAAUGUUUUAACACUGUAUGCAAUAGGUACAGCAAUACACAACAGUACAUAAGGUUCUGGAUAAUACAGAAUUCAAACACUCUACAGUGAGAACAUUUUCUCAUCUUAAGCGUCAAUAAGCACAUACCUUAAACACUUUCUAAUUAAACUCAUUUAAUAAGAAAAAAAAGCAGAAAAUAAUGUAAACGAACAUUGGAAAAGUAAAUUGGACCCUUAGAUUCUUGUUGUUGAAACGCCCUUAUAAAGGUUUACCGUGGUAAUUUUGCAAUUUUCCCAUAGUUUACCAGGGUUUUCCGUAUUUUAAAAUAUUCUUUACCAUGCUUACCAAUGGUUUCCAAUUACACUUUGCUAUGCUUUUACUAUGGUAAACUUACAGCUGUAAUACAAAAUAAUGAGUUUAUCUGCUUGUAAAAAGCAUUUUAUUUAACAUGUUUGGAACCCCACGUGUUAUGAUUAUUUCUACACUACUAACGCAGUGUGUGAAUGAUCAUGUUUAAUUUAUAUAAACAGAUGGAAAUUAUUUUAUGCGAGCAGUACUCUAUGCCAUAUUUAAAUAUUUUAAUUAGCCUGUCGGGAUGUAUUGUCACUAGGCACAUUUCCUUUUUAAGUGAGAAAUACACCAUUUUUGAAAAACAAGUUAAUUGAAGCUACGAAAGAGAAUGUAUAAUCUGCAUAAAUUAAAUUUAUCAUAAAUUAUCAGUAAUGUACAUUAAAAAAGAAAAAGAAAAAUCUAACUAAUCUAGUAUGGGAUCCUAAAUGCAAACUAAAGAAGUCUGUUUAAAAUUGGUGAGAAACAGUAGAAACAAUAUUACUGUGGAUAAGAACAGCGUGCUGUCUUUCCAUUCUCUUGAUUUUAAAUAAAGUCUCUGUUGACCUACUUGACCUAGAGGGGUCCAGCAUUUGAUAAGGAACAGCUCGGCAAAUACUACAACAUAAUUAGAGAACAAUUAUGUGAGAAUGGGGAUGAAGAUUAUCUUUUUGUCACGAUUUGAGUGACCUGUCGCUAAGAUACCAACCUAUCUAAACUGCCACGUUUUCGGACUGAUGUUCCCUGGAUUCUUAUUGGUUGGGUGAUCUUAUAGGUUUAGUGGAACAGUACACGGUUUAUUUAUGCUUCACAAUCUAGUCCUGGAUACUUGGGGACGAUGACUAUGAUACUAGCAAACCAUAUAUAUAUAGUUUAAACACAUACUUUAAAUAUGCUGCUUGCAUUUCAAGCAGUCUAUAUUACCCUUUGAUUACAUCACUGUACCUUGUAUGUAUAUAAUGACAUUGAUGGCAGGCAUUAUGUUAGGAGACCUGACUGGACAGGUUUCAAUUGAGAAAUCAUGAAUAUUUUUAAUACAGGCUGUACAAGAUAUCAACUUACCAAGAAGAAAUAACCGCACCUGCACGUGAUCUGCCUACACCCAAAGCAUCAUUAACUGAUGUGGAGACCACAAUUAAAGCAGAAUCGAAUUCUAGAAUCUCAUGUUAACAGUUACAGACAGUUUAAUAUCAUCACUACUCAUAUUCAGGUAGUUCUAAUUUUAAACUGUUGUCCUUUUUUUAGAAAUUCUUUACUGAGAAACUGCUUUGUAGCCUUCAAAGACAUUUCCUCUUAUACACAUUUAUUUGAAACAGGCUUUUAUAGCAUUUUUGUUUUUUCCAGGUUUGUCCGAAUGCUUGAUAUUUGUUUUUAUAUGUGCUUUUUCCUUGGCUUUGAAAAAAAUCAAAACAAACAUUUAAUGUCAAGUAAAGGGUAUUUGAAUCAAGUACUAUUGUAUAUUGUUCUACAGUCAUACAAGCAGUGGUCAGUUAUACCGGAUGUACACUAUAUAAUACGUGUUACAAGAUGUUUCAUUACUGCGUGUGGGACUACACUGUAUACUGAUGUUUUUAAGACAUUGCCAUGUUUUGUUCUGGUACAUUUAAACAUAACACACAUUUACAAUCCAUUGUGUAAAAUGUGUAUGAAAAUUCA